AUGGCAAAGACGGUAGGUGAUGACGGGUUCCGGGAGGACCUGUACGAGAUCCUAGGGCUCGAACCCGCGGCAGAUGAGCGUCAGGUGGCCCGCGCGUACAAGAAGAAGUCCAUCCUGCACCACCCUGACCGUGGCGGAGACGUGCGUAAAUUCCUGGAAUUGACGCACGCGCGUGAUAUUCUACUGGAUCCUAAGAAGAAAGAGGCUUAUGACAAGAAACUAUCGCGUGAACUUCUGGCCAAGAAAAAGCAACGCGAGCGAGAAGCGGAGCUCGACGGCAAGCGCAGACAGAUGCGAGAUGAGCUGCUGCGGAAAGAACAGAACUUCGAGCUCAACAGGAAACCCAGCGCGAAGCAGCAGAAGGCGGAGCUUUCGAAGCUCCGGGAGAAAGCAUUAGCUCGUCAGCAAGAGCUCCAGGAUCGGCUUGCUCGGGAGGCGAAGCGGCGAGCUGAGUUGAAGAAGUACCAGGAAUCUCACGGUGCCCCGAAAUCACAACGCACUGUCACGUUCAAGUGGGAUAAAAAGCAAUAUUCGCACUCUGAUGACACGCUCAGUCGAGUGUUACGAUCAUACGGCGAGAUCGAGACUAUCAGAAUGAAAACAUCAUCUGCAAAGGUGGUUUUCACUGAAGCUUCGGCUGCUGCAAAUGCUGUACGUAUUGAGGGACACAAGGACUGCUGGCGGGAAGUCUCGAUCCAGGGCCAUAUCGUAGAGACGGACGGGUUCACGUCCACGGAAGACAAGACGACGACAACAGCCUCAUCAAAGCGCAGCGUGGUGACGCUGCCUGGAGGGCCUAUUUCACUCAAAGAACACUUGGCGUUUGAGGAGAAAGUCCUUGCAGCACUGCGAGGAAAAGCGAAGUUACAACAAGAGCAACAGCAGCAGACUCCUGUGCAAUCACACUAG